GUGCGACGGCGCAGUAAGGCAUGCAGGGCCGACCUGAGGGAGGAGGAUGAAUUGAUUGCCAUCGGCGACCAUGUCUGUGCAGAGCUCAACCACGCUCAGGCCAUGAUGCUCAUCGACUCCCAUCGACACACACUCAACCUCAGGGUCAAGAGGUCUGGAUUCCACUCUGUGGUCCUGUCGGGUCGUACACACACAGCCACACACCCUGUUCUCUUCCCUACUGAAGGGCCGUCCUGCUUCACCCUCACCUCCCCCCCUGACAGUGAGGCCUAUUACGGAGAGACGGACAGCGAUGCGGACACACAGACACGCAUACACCGCCGCCAGCGACACACACCUCCGCAUGCGCGCUCUCCCGGUCACCAGCAGGAAGAAGAGGAGACUUCGGAGAUAAGCGGGUAUGAAAGCGCUCCAGAUGGAGGGCUUUCCCUGCAGUGUCCCUGGGAGCAACUACCCACACUGGGAAAUGGGGGGAUCCAACAGUGGGAGCAAUCAACAGGAUCGAGAACAGGGGGGUUUCAACCUGGAGUUCCACGCAGGGAGGUAGUCUACCAACCCAAAACCCCCCAGGCCCGGCCAGAGUGGACCCACCCAGCCCAGCCCGUCCCACACCAUGCAAAGGGGGAGCCGGUGGGGGGAGGAGAGGUGGAGGGAGAGGGAGACAGUGGGUUCCAGGAGGCAGGGGGGUGUUUGGUUCUGGCCUGCUCACCCCUGGUGUCUCCAGAGCGGGCUAAAGGAGCCAUGAUGCUGGGCUCCAGCCCACAGAUGGUUCCCAUGGUGGGCGCCCAGCUGACCCCACUCAGUGAUGAACUGUCUACUACUUACAAGGAAAAGGCCCGGCAAGCCAAGCUGCAGAGAGGAGAUAAUGUGGUAGAUAGGCAGGUGAAAGAGGCUCGUACUAAAUGUCGUUCGAUCGCUUCUCUGCUCACCGACGCUCCGAACUCCAACUCUAAAGGAGUUCUCAUGUUCAAGAAGAGACGCCAGCGUGCCAAGAAGUACACCCUCACCUGUUUCGGCCGUGCGGAGGGGGAGAUGGGUCCUGAGACCGGUGGAGAGACGGAGGGAGAGGAGGAGGAGGGGAGUUCCUUCCCCUCGGGUUCAGAAGUGGAUGAAGAGGGCUUCGCUGGAACCUUUGACCCCACCUGGGACAGCGGAUACCUGGACAUGCUGGAUAGGAGGAGCUCCGCCUGCCCAUCCACCUAUAACUCAAUGCCCCAAACACCAACCAAUCAGAGCUCAGGGUUGGAUUCCUUGGCCUUUCAGAGCCCAGAGAUGAAUAUGUCAUUCAAUCAGGGGUCUGGGAUGAAUGCCCCAGCCUAUCAGAGCCCAGGGCUGGACUCCAUAGCCUAUCAGAGCAAAGAGACAGAGCAGUAUGAGCAGCAAAGGAAAAUGGCCGCCCCUGUCACCUAUAACUCUGCCCCUAACACCUCCCCGGCUACAGGUUUGUCCAAUGGGGGCUCAGCAGGGGUGAGUCGGGCCAGUGUGGUUCUGACUCCCCCCUCUCACACCCCUAUCCCCCCCCAGCCUGACCUAAAUCUUAACCCUAACCUGCCUGGGGGGAUCCACAACCGCACAGCACGCCCCUUCACCUCAGGCCUUGCCCCAUCUCGCCCCCCCGCCACCCCUGUCAACUUCCGUCCCGUCCAGCCCACUCCUGCCAUAACAAUGGUUUCCAAACCCACUGCUGCGGUAUCCAUGGUAACCAUCGCCCCCCCUCGCCCUUCAGGGGGGCCCGAGGCCAGGAGAGGUUUCUCCAGUACCUCCCUCUACAUUCCCCCUAGACCUGCUGCAUCCAUCCUGUCUCCUCCUCCCUCUGUCCUCUCUCCUCCUCUUACCCAACCCCCUCCUCCUUUAACCUUCAACCCCUAUGUCUCUAUGACAACCCCUGCCAUGGUGACCCCCUCCACUGCCCAGACCCCUGCAUCUGAUUCAUUGUCGUCCCGUGAGCAGCGUAUCGCCGUCCCUGCCUCCAGAACAGGCAUCCUCGCAGAGGCGCGUCAUCGCAGCAACAAGAAGCCCAUGUUCCGUCCUUCUGUGGAGAACAAGAAGGACGUGUCUCCCAACCCGGCCCUGCUGGAGCUGCUCCAAAACCCAGAUGCACCGGCCAGGAUAGGCCCAGGCCCCAUGGGGCCUAGUGGAGGAGUUAGUUGGGAGGCUGGAGGUGAGUCAGGCCCUGAAGAGGACUGGUUGAAGCUGGGGGCCGAGGCCUGUAACUUCAUGCAGGCCCAGAGAGGCUCCAAGCCCCCUCCUGUGGCCCCUAAACCCCAGCCUCCUCCACAGGUACCCCAGCUAGCAGGGAAGGGGGGUCAGCUGUUCGCCCGUAGGCAGAGCAGGAUGGAUCGCUAUGUGGUGGAGACCCCCUCCUCACCCCAACCCUGUCCCAGCCACCCCCGCCAGCCCUCUCCCACACCCUCCCUCCCCUCUCAAUUCAAAUACUCCUCCAGCUGCAGAGCCCCCCCUCCAAUCAACUACAACCCCCUCCUCUCUCCCUCCUGCCCUCCCCAGGCUCAGCGCCAGAGGGUGGGGGUAGCAGGACAGGGUGGGGUUUCAGCGGGGCAUAAAGCCGCCCCUGGGGGUCAGAAGGCUCAAGGCAUCAAGGCUCUGGACUUCAUGAGUCACCAGCCCUACCAGCUAAACUCCUCCCUCUUCAGCUAUGGGGGUGGGACUCCCCAGGGGCAAAACAAGAUGCCAUGUGUGUAUGAGGUCAAGCGCUUCUCCACGCCACCUCCCACAGGCCCCGUCCCUACUGUCAUCAUCCCACGGUCAGCGACCACAUUAGGAGAACCGAUGUGGAGGUCUGAUGUCAUUUCCCUUCCGCCAACAGCCACUUCCUGCUACCAAUUCCCCACUACCCCCCCCUACCAGCCUCAGCCCCAGUGGGUCCCUCCUCCUCCAGCGCCCACCGCCCCACUCCCGCAGCUCCCUAGCUUCUCUUCUGCCCAUGUCCCUAACCCUCACCCCUACCCCUCCCAGCCCCACGCCCCCCAACAAGGCAACAGUCAGUUUAAGAGUGCCCCUGAUCUGAGCCCUCUGGCCCACACCCCACCUCGCCCAGCCUCCACCCAGCCCUCCAGAGUGCCUCGCCCCAGAUUCAGCACCUCUAACCUGGGUCUGCAACCUAGCGUCUGGCGCCCCGGAUCCACCAUGAGCUAAGACAACACACUAUAGACUGGCUCUGGAGAAAUCCCAGCUAGCAAAUUUGGUUCCUUGGAAGUUGUGGGAAUGUAUGUUUUUGGUUUACCAUUGGUUCUGGGAGCGAAGCCAUAAGUUACCCUGACCGGUAAAACGAAAUGUUUUUUAAACAUUCUGAUAACAGAAGUGAACAUUUCACCUGUUCUGGGAAGGUUAAUUGUUAGGUUGCAGGGAGGUUCUGAGAACGUUUUACUAUGGUUCCCUGAAAGUUUUCCUAGGAGGUUUUAUUAACAUUCUUAGAACAGAAAUUAUGGGUUAUUUGAAGGUAAUUAAAUAACGUUUUGAGGACAUUAUCUAAAUGUUGUGAAUGUUUUGAACAAAAUGUAAAGGUUAUUUGGAGGUUUUGGAAUAACUUCCUUAAAAUGUUCACUGAAUGUUUCAUUAAGACUUUCAAUAACACUGCUAGCUUAUUCUGGGUUAACUGUUUUGAACUCCAAGCACAGAUAGGACAAAUGGAAAUGUAUUUGCUCAGGCAUUAAUCAUGCAAUAUUUUUUAUUGUGGCACGGCGUACAUGAGAUUCAAACCUAUGAUAUUCUGUUCUCUAUCCAUGGAACUAGUCUACUGCGCCACCAGGAUAGAGCUAGCACUCUACACAAACAGACCCCAUUUCAAAGAAAACAAACAUUCAUUAAAGUGUGGACAAUUAUUGGGCACGGCUAACACACCUGAGGAGAGAGAGAGUUUUGUUGACGCUGAGAACGGAAUGUAUAUGUUUUAACAUAACAUUCUGAGAACGUUC